UGGCUGGCUAUCUGGGCAGCGAACCAAUAAUUGUACCGGUCUUUGCAAUACUACGCUGUGUUCCUUUUCUUAUUGGGUAAGAUCUACGACCUCUAAAGGCAGCGAGGACAGCUUGCUUCCUACCUAGGUAGGUAGUAUUACGAUCUGAUGCCAGAGCGAGCUAUGAGCUGCGAGCAGUCCAUAAUUCGGAGAAGAGAAUAACUAUAGUUGAUAGCAAUUGGCCACAAGUUAUGUUGAGUAAGCUAAUGAAGUUAUCAAGGCAAAUAGUGUGGUAGGUGAGGGGUUGGACUAGGCAAAGCACCGAUCAUUUUGCUAUUUGUGAGUCGUGACAGCGCCGAAACGGCGAUAGAUGCGGGCUCGGCGCCGGUCGCUUGUUAGCACCGAGCUCUAGUGGCAGGCAGCUCCAGAAAAAGGACCAGAGCUCGGGGACUUUGCAUCAUCUGCGCAAUCCACCCAUCAAAGAUCUAUUGCGGUAUUCCUCAUUCGCUGUCCGCAACCGCACUUGAUCUCCCUCACCCUACAGGUAGUCCACGGAUCCCAGCCAGAAGACGAAGUCAGGAAACCUGCGAGACAUCGGUAUGUCCCUCGCUAACACCCUAAAGGGUGACCUGCCACAGCAGGCCCGGUCUCUGUACCGACAGCUGCUCCGCACCGGCAGCGAGUUUCAAGCCUACAACUUCCGCGAGUAUGCGAAACGCCGGACGAGAGAUGCAUUUCGGGAGAGCAAGGGUGUUGAAGACCCAAGGCAAAUACAGGGCCUCAUCCAGAAAGGACUCAAGGAAUUAGAGGCUAUGAAGCGGCAAACUAUUGUCAGCAAAUUUUAUCAGAUCGAUCGGCUGGUUGUCGAAGGCGGAAAGUCGGGCAAGCAAAAGGGUAAUUCCGGCGAACGCACACGGCAGAAAGACACAGGAUGGGAUUGAAAGCUUCCACUUGAUUCAGUAUACGACGAAGGAUAACGGUUGGCCAUUUUCUAAUACAGCACUUCAGUGUAGAGAUUAGGGCAUACUCCUUGUACUACUACCAUCAUAUUCGCAAACUUGUACAGCAGGCAAAAUUGUCGAACACGCCCAAUUUUUUUGGCUCUGAGGAGAGCGAUGAGUAUAGAAAUAGGUCAGGGUGAGGCUGCUCUGAGCAUACUAAAGCAUAUCUACGCAGAGGACUAUCCUGGCCUAGCCCAAUGACCACGACCUAGGCCAUUGGUUGCGUGUACAGUAACCUUGAGAGAGACGAUGAUAGAUGGUCAAAAUCAUCUCCCUUCUGACCUUCAUCAUAGAAUACCUGAAUAAGGUCGAAACCAAUAAAACCGCUGAUGUGCGUUCAACAAACUGCCUACAAGCUGGUGAUAGGAGUAGGCAGCGGAGGUUUAGAUAUUCUCCAGGGCUGUAGGGUACUAACGGUACCUAAUGUAGAAUAAGGUUACUUACUGCAAUGUAGUGCUUGACAAUACAGUGCAUAGUUUUUUGAUAUGCACUGUAUCCAUCGUCUCUAUACC